AUGGGUAAGCUCAUCCCCAAUGCUUUCAAUCUGCUGGUGGUUAUCUAUGUCGCACUUGGAUCAACGGCAUGCUCCUAUGGCAUGGCCAUCAUUGGCAGCACCAUUGGACAACCUACUUUUUUCACGAGUCUGGGCCUCGCGGUAGCCGGCGAACCCGGUUACUCUGUGACAGCAGCGUGGCUCGGAGCCUUCAAUGGCGUCAAUGCUGCUGGCUCAGCCAUUGGGGCAAUCGCAUCGUCUUACUUUGCCGACAAGUAUAGUCGGAGAGCCACCAUUCAAGGCGGAGCUCUGGUUCUCAUUGUUGGCGCAGCAUUAUGUGCCGGAUCUGUCAACACCGGGAUGUUCACUGCAGGCCGUAUUAUCAAUGGUCUUGGUAUCGGGACUCUCGUUGCCAUCAUCCCGAUUUAUCAGGCAGAGGUCAGCACGCCAGAGUCUCGGGGAUUCAUGGUAUCCAUGCAUGGUGUCAUGUUCGCGGUCGGCUAUUCUCUCCAAGCAUGGAUUAGUUUCGGUGUAUCCUUCAUGACAUCUGGAGGAUCAACCUCGACAUUCCCAUGGCGAUUCCCAAUCGCUUUCCAGAUGGCGCCAGCCCUCUUUCUUGUGUUGGGAUCCUUCUGGCUACCUUACAGCCCUCGUUGGUUGAUGUUGAAAGGCCGUAGUGAGGAAGCUCUCGACGUCUUGAUUCGUUUACAUAGGACCAAGAAAGAUCCGGAGAGCACCCUUGCUCGGAGGGAAUUCUACCAACUCCAAAAGCAGACCGAAUUGGACCAGCACCUAGCGGCAAAUACAUCACGAUUCGAGCUGUUCAAGACUCCUGCAAACCGCAAACGAGCAUUGAUCGGAUUCAUGGUCAUGUGGAACAACCAGUUCACCGGAGUCUUGGUCAUAGCCAACUACGGGAUCAUCUUGUAUCAAUCUCUCGGCAUGACAUCGUACUGGCCCUUGCUAUUGACAUGCUUGUGGCUCACCAGCACUUUCCCAGGCAAUCUUUUCUGUGCCUUCUUCGUUGAGAGAUUCGGAAGACGACUGUUUAUGCUGAUUGGGUUGAGUGGUAUUCUCGUGUGUCUAAUAUGUGAAGCUGCACUACAGGCGGUAUUUCUGGGAACCGACAAUCGUGCAGGUCAGAACGCGGCUAUAUUUUUCAUUUUUCUCUUCAUUACCCCAUUCUGGAGCACAUUCAUGGACGCGAGCCAAUUCCUCUACGUCUCUGAAAUAUUUCCUAACCAUAUCCGCUCUCAAGGAACCACUUUUUCCAUUGCAGGCCUCUAUCUCGCGGAUAUCAUCAUCCUGGUUGCUGGCCCAACUGCACUUAACAAUAUCGGAUGGAAGUUCUUCAUCGUGUUUAUCGUCCCGACUUUCCUCCACAUAAUCUUUGUUUACUUCAUGUGUCCAGAGACCAAGGGUCGAUCAUUAGAGGAUAUCAGUGCUCAAUUUGGUGAACAGGUGGCCAUUCAUUACUAUGGAGCAACCGAACAGGAGAAGGCCGAGUUUGAAGCUGCUGCUACAGGGGGAAAAGGGAACUUCACUCAUGCAGAGACAGUCGCCGAGGUUCAAGAGGUUCAAACAGUGGAGAGGGUCAAAUGA